AUGGCACUGGGGCAGAAUCACACCACAGUAACGAAGGUCAUCCUGCUGGGCCUCACAGACCAGGCAGACCAAAAACAAUUCCUCUUUGCCAUCUUCCUGCUGAUCUCUGGUGAGCCCCCUGGGUGUGAGAGACCUGAUCCCCACCAGCUCCACCCUCCAUGGCCCCAUGUACUUCCUCCUGAGCUCUCCUUCCUUGACAUCUGCACUUACUCCAUGUUCACCCUCAGGCUGCUGAUCAGCUUCCUUGCCACUGAUCAGUCCAUCUCUUUUAUGGGCUGGGUAUCCCAGAUGGCCCUUGUGACUUUCCAUGGCACAGGGGAGUGUCUGCUCUCAGCCAUCAUGGCCUGUGACCGAUUUGUAGCCAUCUGCCACCCUCUCUUCUACCACACCAUUAUGUCCAAGUGCCUGUGUGUCCAGCUGGUGGUGGUUACCUAUGCUGUGGGGGUGUUCAUUUCCGUUCUGCAGACAGAGAAUGCCUUCCUUCUGUCUUACUGUGGAGCCAACAUCACUGAUCACUACUUCUGUGACAUGCCCCCUAUGCUCCAGGUGGCUUACUCACAUACCACUGUGGCCAAUAUCAUCCUGCUCUUCUUUUCUGCCUUGGUCACUGUCCCCCUAGUCUCAAUCAUCUUGGUCUCUUAUGCCUACAUCCUGGUCACAAUCUGUAGGCUGAUGUCCCUGGAGGAGCACAAGGCCUUCUCCACCUGUGCCUCCCACCUCACUGCCCUCCGCCUCUUCUGUGGCUCUGUGUUCCUUGUACACGUCCAACCCAACCCCAAAAGUGCUUCCACCUAUAACAAGAUCCUGGCUGUGUUCUACAGAAUCAUCACCCCUGUGCGGAAUCCCCUGGUCUACAGCCUAAGGAACAGAGGAAUCAAGACCGCUGUACAAGUUAGGGUCCUUAACCUAAGCAGAAAAGGAGUUUGUUAG